AUGUCGGUUAUCAAAAAGGUCGCUAUCUUUGGUGCAGCGGGUAACUUCGGCACACCCAUCACGGCUGCCCUGACCAGAGCAGGCUUUGAAGUGACUAUCAUUACUCGAAUCGAAUCCGAGUCAACCUUUCCUGACGGAAUCCCAGUUGUGAGGACAGAGUACACGGUCGAGAAGUUGACCGCAGCACUAUCAGGCCAAGAUGCAGCUAUUUCUGUCAUUGGCCCCGGCGGUCUUCAUGCCCAGAUUGCUCUGAUUGACGCAGCCGAAGCUGCAGGCGUCAAACGUUUUAUCGUUGACGACUUUGGUUGGGGUCCUAAAUUCAACAGCUUACCCGAGUUUCGGGAGAUUGGCGCUCAGAGAAAAGUCACUUAUGACCAUGCGAAGAAACUAUGUCAAGCCAAUUCCAACUUUACUUACACUGGAAUUACUAUCGGCAAUCCGAUCGACUGGGCAAUUAAACGUUUUCCUCUGAUGGGAUUCGACGUCAAACAGCGUUCCGCAGUCAUUUACGACGACGGCACCGUGGAAUUCACCGGAACGACGCUGGAAGGUAUUGCGCAGGCUGUAGUCGGCGUCUUGAAGCAUCCGGACGAAACCGCAAACCGUCAUGUGAAGGCGCGGUCAAUUCAGGUAUGCCAGAAUCAACUCCUGGACGCCUUUCAAAGGGUCUCGGGGCAACCGUGGGAGGUGAAACGUGCGGCUACGAGCGACCUCCUCGAGAGUGGAAGAAAAAAGCACCAGGGCGGAGUUAGCGGUUGGAUUCUGGAGCUUCUGGUAUAUCAGCUUUUUGGUCCAGGAGGACGAUGCAUCGUAGCAUCCAAAGAAGACUCGGAUGUAGAUCUCCUCGAGAUGAAGGAAGAAUCCCCCGAUGAUAUCGCUCGGAAAGUGUUGGAAUCUGUUGCGAAUUGA